UCUGAUGCUCCGACGACAAAGCCACUGCCUAGGAUUCUGACGGAGGGGAAAAAUUCGUCGCCACCGGAAGUUUCGUAUAUGAAAGCGACGGAACGUGAGAGAAUGAUCUACGAGAGAGUGAUGUUUGUUGGACGAAAGCUUCUUCAGUCUUCUCCCGGAGGCAAUGGUGGCCUGAAGGUAGCAAAGACGGUCGUCGUUAACCCAAACGGCGUCAACGGUGAUACCUUUAAAACCAUAAAUGACGCCGUCGCUGCUGCGCCAACGAAAGCAGAAUCCGGCAACGGAUACUUCGUGAUUUACGUUGUCGCCGGGGUUUACGAAGAGUACGUCACAGUCCCUAGCAACAAAUCAUACGUGAUGAUCGUUGGUGACGGCAUUGACAAAACAAUCAUCACCGGAAAUAGAAACGUCGUCGACGGUUCCACCACUUUUGCUUCUGCUACACUAG